AUGCCAGCCACACCAGAAUGGCCUAUCCUAGAAGAGAUGAUCCUCAACCCCGAGGCCUUGCCCGUAGGACCAUCAGAAAACCUUCCCAACGGAUCUCGGGUUCUCGACGUAGGGUGUAGCUACGGCUGGUUCAUCCGCUGGGCUCGCGAAAAAGGCGCUGCUUAUGUCAAAGGAUUUGAGGCCGAGAUCAAUCGCCAGGUUAUAUUAGUCCGUACUACGGAAGCUAUCCUCGAGAUUCAUUAUCUGGAGACUAUAAACUUGAGUCAGCACCCUGGACAAGAACUGCAGGAUUUGUCGAGGAUAUCGUACGACUCUUCCAUGGGGGGAGAUUCAUCUAUCUUCUCUGUUGAACACCAUAUGGGAACAGCCCUAGUCUAUCUAGGGCUGGGCUGCAAGGUGAUUUGGGGGAUAGGCAAAGACCGGAAAGUGUGA